AUGGCUUCUCUAGCAUUUUUGAAGCAUCGCCCAUGGCCGUUACCAGUGGCUGUCGCACCUCGGCUGAAUAAGCUGGGACCCAUCGAGGAGGAGAAUACCCCAUACUACUCUCCGUCGCAUUUUUACCCUGCUUAUAUCGGAGAGAUUCUCAACGGUAGAUACCAAGUAACAGCAAAAAUUGGCUAUGGCAGUAGCUCAACAGUUUGGCUUGCGCGAGAUCUUAUGCAGUGGCGCUGGUUAAGAGACAAAUAUGUUGCUCUCAAAAUAAAUACAAGCACGCGCCAUUCACGGGAUGUGAAAACCGAGCUAGAUACUCUCCAACUUCUCUGCAAGUCAAACCCACGGCAUAAAGGCUGUCCCUAUGUUAGACACCUCCUCGAUUCGUUUGAGUUAAACUAUGAGUCUCGAAAACAUCUUAUUCUUGUUUUUGAGCCUUUACGGGAGCCACUCUGGAUAUACCGUCGGAGAUUUAUUGGGGACGCUAUUCCGUCAGAUGUACUAAAGAUAAUGCUACAAAUGAUUCUUCAGGGCCUUGAUUAUCUUCACGCCGAGUGCCAUAUUAUCCAUACUGAUCUCAAACCGGACAACAUAAUGGUCAAGAUAGAAGACCUAUCAAUUUUGGACCAUGCAGCUAAAGAUGAAUACAAAAAUCCUCUUCCUCAAAAAGCUUGCUCCGACGGUCGUACUAUCUAUCUCUCGCGGAAUAACUAUGGAUUACCUCGCAAAACAACCGGGGUCAUCCAAAUUACAGAUUUCGAUCUUUCUGUCCCAGGUGAUAGAAUACACAGCGGAUGCAUUCAAGCAGAAAUCUAUCGAGCACCGGAGGUGAUUUUGGAUUGUGGUUAUUCAUACAGUGCUGACAUAUGGAAUCUAGGAGUUAUGCUAUGGGACAUACUUGAAGGGAGAAAGCUUUUUAGGGAUAUUGACCCUGUUCGUGUGCAUGAAUAUGAUGAACUGAAUCAUUUUGCACAUAUAAUUGCCUUAUUAGGGCCACCUCCGAGGGAGAUCUUGGAAAAGGGUAGACGCACAUCGCAGUUCUACAACUCAGGAGAGUUCAAAGGCCCAAAAAUCGGGGCAGAGUUUAAUUUUGAGACAUCGUUGUCACAAAUUAAGGGUGAUGAUAAACGAAUGUUUAUUAGCUUUGUGAAAAGAAUGAUUAAAUGGCGUCCAGAGGAACGAAGUACUCCAAGAGAGUUACUAGAAGACCCCUGGCUUUCGUUUGAAGCAGAAUGA